UGUUGCAUUUAACGCACAGUCACAGCACAUCGACACCAACCGCGACAGUGUUCAGCGCGUUAUUCUGCGCUGUUUCUAAAUAACCUAAAAAGUUGAACAAGCCAGAUUAUUUUUAGGAAUAAUCGUAGCAAUUAUCAUAAAAUACUCAUGACUGCUUCGAAUUUAUAAGAGUUUGUGCUGUGAAGUCGACGCCCAUCUCGGAGGCGUACGUGGAGUGUAUUUUUGUGCAACACAAAGCAAAUACAAACGGCAAGCUGUGGGGAUCAGGGGCCUUUUUUUUGCCGCCGCAGGGGAUGUACUAUCCUGUGAGUAACGGCAAUGUCAUCGAUACGGGGACCACAACCCUACUGCACAUGGUGGGGACGGGCAUGGGGAACCCGUUCCCUGCGGCGGCGGCGGCUGCGGCCGCGGCGGCGCAGUUCGCCGCCAACGGAGACGCGCUGGCGGUAAAGCAAGACGCGAACCCGCCACAGCCGCCGCUCGUCAAGAGCGAGGGCCCGCCGCCACCCGCGCCGCUCCCGCCGGCCAACUUCUCACCUCAACCACCGCCUCAACCGCACCUGCCCAACUCCAUAGACAAUCAAAAUAGCAGCUCACAAAGUGACGGUGAUUCGGCAGAAGAGAGCACACCUGUGAGUGUAGCGGCAGUGGUGGCACAGCAGGCGGCCGCGGCCGUAGCAGUGGCGCAGCAAGCGGCGGCGGCGCACGCGGCGGCCGCGGCGGCCAGCGCGGCCGUCGCCGCCGGCGCCACUGCCGCCUCCCCCGACAAACAACUCGUCCCCGUCUCGCAAGCCUCCCAGCCCAAGCGGUUACACGUCUCCAACAUCCCCUUCAGAUUUAGAGACCCCGAUCUCAGAAACAUGUUCGGGCAAUAUGGCACAAUACUUGAUGUAGAAAUUAUCUUCAACGAGAGAGGUUCAAAGGGAUUCGGUUUUGUAACAUUCGCAAAUAGUGGUGAUGCGGAGCGAGCACGAGAGCGUCUUCACGGCACCGUGGUUGAGGGCAGAAAGAUAGAGGUUAAUAAUGCGACGGCAAGAGUUCAGACAAAGAAACCUCCCACAGUACCAAACGUGUGCGUCCAGUGGCCUGAAGCCGUGCCGCGCGCCGUGCUGCGCCGCGAGCCCCGCGCCGGUCUCGACCCGUCCUUGUCGCACGCCGUGUUGCCGCGCGCCGCCUACGCGUCGCCCUUGCACGCUGCGUAUGCACAUGUUUAUUACGACCCGUUCUUAGCUGCAGCCGCGACGGCUGACUCCAACUACAGACUUCAGGCCGCGAAGCCGGCAGCCGAGGCGGCAGCAGCAGCGGCCGCAGCAGCGUCGCCGCUGCUAAAGUCCCCGCUCACGUCGGCGCAGCACGCCGCCGCGGCCGCCGCCGCCGCCAACUACGGCGCGGCCGCGCGCGCCGCCGCCGCCGCCGCCGUCAGCGGCACGCCGCAGCCCACCGCGCUCACGCCUCUCACUUACGGCAGAGAAUACGCAGACCCGUACCUAGGCCACAGCAUCGGCCCAGUCACGGGUUAUGGGACGGCGGUGUACAGGAGCGGCUACAACAGAUUUGCGCCGUAUUAAGCAAGUGGAACAAAUUACGAUUUUUACUCGAAUAUGGAUCUACCUUCGUUUCCUUUGCCCUAACAUGACAAUGGACUCUCUUUGUAAAGGUACAAACAUAAUUUUAUUAUACAUAUAUUAAGGAAACAGUAAUAGUGCUAGCCGGUUACUGUUCAAGCAAGCUUGGGUAACAUAGUCGUCCGCCGUUCGGGCGGACUCAAGAUACCAAAGUCAUUAUUAAACUUUCUAACACAAAUAGUAUAUUAUAAGUUCAGCUGUUAUUGUUUUCGUGUAAUGCAUAUACAAGUGCGAGCAGCUAAAAUGAUGCAUUCGACGGUUUUGAUACUUGUAAGAAACCUAUUUUACUCUUAUCGCUCAGGUGAGUGAACCUACCUAAAUUGGUAAAUAUUGUACGUUAUUAUUUAGUGUAGAUGUUACACUUAAUAUGUAAUCGACAAUAGAAAAAUACUUCAUGUAAUAACGAUAUUUAGUGAGCUUUGCACUUGCAUAUCAUAGGAAAAUUGUAAAUAUUGAAACCCAAUCCCAUUUCGACUUGUUAGUUUACAUGUUAACAUUUUGCUGAAACCCUAUUGAUUUCUGUAAUAUUAAUAGGGUUCAUAUAGGUAGGAACUACCUAACUCAAGUAACAUUUUAGUUUUCUACUGAACAUUUGAACAUGAACUUAUUUUAAAGGCACCUAAAGUGGAUUUUUUUACCAAUUAAGUAGUAUAUUUUACUUUAGAAACAAACUAUUUUAUAAGUAGGUACAAGCGCAAAAAUAACCAUUUUAGAACUGUUUUGAAAUGUUUCGUGGUGCAAAUAUAAUGCGGUGCCAUCUACUCGGUUGUCAUUUAUUGUUACAACAUAUUUUUCUAAAGUUACCUAUGUACUUUGUACUACGUACUUUUUUGAUGUUUUACUUAAUUUUGGAUAGUCCGCGCGCGAAUUCCGUGCACGAAUGAGGAAUGUUAGGAAUGUUGGACGUCAUGACCGAAUGGUGUGAUUUUGUCGAUAUUCCGUUAUCGAUAAUAUGCAACUUGUAUUGCCGCCGCGCGCAAGUUAAAUAGGUACAUAAUUAUGAAAAUAAAGUUUAACUACCUAGUAUGUUUUUGAUAAGAUAAACAUAAAUACACUUUUUACUAAAUUCUAUAUAAUUUGUAUAAUCAAGUGAAAAUAAAUGAAAUUUAUUUGUUGUCAGGCAAUUAUUGCCCUGUAGACAAAUACAUUAAAACUAGAAUACGUAUUAAAAACCGGCCAAGUGCGAGUCGGACUCGCGCACGAUGGGUUCCGUACCAUUACGGAAAAAAACAGCAAAAAAAUCACGUUUGUUGUAUGGGAGCCCCAUUUAAAUAUUUAUAUUAUUCUGUUUUUAGUAUUCGUUGUUAUAGCGGCAACAGAAAUACAUUAUCUGUGAAAAUUUCAACUCUCUAGCUAUCACGGUUCAUGAGAUACAGCCUGGUGACAGACAGACAGACAGACGGACAGCGGAGUCGUAGUAAUAGGGUCCCGUUUUUACCCUUUGGGUACGGAACCCCAAAAAUUACUUAAAAACUAACAACACAUAUUGCAGCAACAAACGUGCAGAUGGUUAGCUAACAGUAAACUCUACAAUUGAAAUUAGAGUGCAAUCUAGAUUUGAGCUAGUGUAGCCAAUUUACACUAGUAGACUGAAUCGACAAGACUCGAUAAUCUUGCAUUCUUAUCGUUGCCAACACUGGUGCUGGUGCGGGGUGUGAUGCGACGUACAGGCGCGGCGCACACCCUCCCACUUCCUUGACCUCCGAAUGCACGGAAUUGGCGCGCGGACAGUAAAUAGUAGAUUCCUCGGUGUAAGUACCCCGUACGACUCGUACGAGUAUGUGUUAUGCGUUGUAAACGUCCCGCUUGGAGCUCGCGCCGCCGCAGGGCCUCCUAAGUAUAUAUACCUAUAUAUACGUUUCGGUCUCGCUGCGUACAGCUUUGCAAAUUUCCGUAAAUGUUUACUUUCCCAUUCUGUUUAUUCAAAAAUGUAACUAUUGAUCGCUAGUUUGUAAAUGAUAGCAUUUUAUUGAAUCGUAAUCGUAGGCAUAACGCUUAUAUGUAGUGUAUAAGAGAAGAAGUGAGCUCCAUCGAGCUCUUACAUAUCAUUGAGAUUUCUCUUUGUAAAUUAGUUUACACGAUAUUUUCAUUAACAAUUUCUAAUUUUGACAGCGCUAUUUUAAUAUUUUUAUCCGGUUUAUCUUCAUUUUAUUGAUCAAACACGCGUUCGGGUCCAACCCUUUUAGACGUCGUAAAUUUUAGAUCGAAUGUUUAAAUUAGGAUUGUAAAUUCGCUCAAACUUUAUACCAAAGCACAAAAAACCCAUCGAUUCAUACGUGUUGGAGCAUUGAAUUCGUGUCAUUCAUUUCCACUCAAUAGAUUUAGUAGUCUUUCAGUUAGAAAAACUUACAAAGUCUGCAAAAUCACGGCAUUACUCACAAGGCCCACGUUUUGCACCUUCGAGUAGAAACUUACCAUACGAUACCCGCUUGCAGGUGUAAAACUGGCGUUUCCAGCCACGACACACAUUUAUUCGUAAUGAGUUCACAUGUAGUUUGCCAUUUAGAUUAUUAAUUUACACCUCACAAACAGUAGAUCUGAUUUUUGAUUUAUUAAUUAUUUUUUAAGCCUUUCUAUGUGACUUUUCUCAAUUUGAAUAUUUAAUCGAAUAGCUACUGCCAUGAACAAUUUUAGUUAACUUUUUCUAAGUAAACUCGGUGAUGUUUAUUUCGCCGUUUCACAUUUUAACUACAUAUUGAAUUAGUAACAUAUCAAAUAAUAUAGGAAAGUGUUGCCGCAGAAGGGAUACCUACUUGGAGAGCCAUGUAAGAGCGCAGUAGCGUCUGCGAAGAUAGCUUUAAUUAUUAUCCACAUUAGGUAAGUAAGGGCGUCCACACUCGCCCUCCGUAGUGAGUUGUCACGAGUCACGAUUCAUGUUAGCGAGCGUAGUUAGCCGGCAACAACCAUGACAAGUUCGGUCUUAGAGGUCUAGUCCUUCGCGCACAAUCUACGUUGUAUUUAUUAUAUUUGAAGGUGCUUUUGUAAAGGUUUCAUGUGAUAAUUAAGAAUCCGGUUUUGAGUACCUACCUUCUAAACCGCGUUUUAAGUGUAUUAUAUUUUACUGGUUCUACUAUUCUAUUACUUAAUUAAGCGAUAUUGUGUCAUAUUUUCCGAGUGCCGGUUAUUUUACAUCAUCUCUUUUAGCGCCAUUGGCUAUUUAAAAUUAUAAGUUAAUUAUUAAUCAUUAGGAUGUAUCAUUACUGUAGUCAUGUUGCAGCUUCGAACAUUUUUUUGUGCUUUACUGCUGAAUACUCAUGCGUGUAUGCGUAAUUUUAGGAGGGUCUUAGAUUUUGAAUGUAACUGAUUGUUUAAUGCAAUUUUUAUGUAAAGUACAGAAACAAGUACAUGUGAUUCGUCAGGAUGAUUUAUAUUAUUAUUUUUUGAUGUAGACGUAGUGAUGUCACAAGUAAACAUGUUGAUCUAGUGUCUGGAGCUAACGGGGCGUGUUCUGGGCGAGCGCACUCUCGCUUUACUUUACCGUCUAUCAUGAACAAAUAUUGGUCAUGACAGCUUUUUUAUCUGCUCUAUUUUUAACUAUACGAUUAUACGCGUUCAUAACUCGCCUCGUUAUCUAUUUUUUUUCUCAGAUUUGUAGAUGAUUUUUUGAGAUCUUAUUAGAAAAUCACAGAAGUCUUUAGUUUUAUAUGAAAGUUUCGUAAUCUAAGCCAAAUUGUUAUUACGUGGAGAAAAUCUGAAUUUAAAUAACAUAUCUGACAAAAUGGUUAGUGUGCUACAAUAAGAAAAGAAAAAAAAGCAUCAUGAACAAUGUAUAAAUAUAAAGUAUGAUCAUUAUAAUAAGGAUGAUAUGUAUUUUGUAACGCGAUUUGUUUCUCAGUUUUUAUGAGAUGUUGAAUUUCAAACUGUUCUAGUUUCCGUAUGCUGUGCACAAAAUUAUAUCGACGGCUUCGAUUCCGUAGUUACUAGAUCUAAAACGAAUAAUUGUUAUAUUGUGCAUAAUACGGUCAUAUCAGUAGUGUUAUUAGCGAGUGUCGGUGAUUGCAAACAGCAUCGCACGCGGCGAGUAUGACUACUGUUACUGUGAGCGCACACACAGUUGCGUCCGCGCCCCUACACCAGCACCACCUAGACAACUUUUCUCAGAACUAUAUGCUCUUUGAAUAACCCUAUACGUAACUCGUAGCAUGCUUGUUUGUAUCCGAUGAGAAAUAGUAACGUAAAAUAUUCUGUAAAUCUUUCAAACUUACUUUGCGAGUUUUAUGGCUCUGGGCGCGGACGCACCUCUAACGUGCUUUGUAAAUAAUGUUAUCGGCGGGCGACCGCUGCAUGUUGUGCGAUUGAUUUCUGCAUUCGGGCCAAUAUUGUUAACGUAGCCAGAGUUAUAAGUAUCACUUGUUCGUCAAUUGCACACGUCGACGCUGAUCAGUUAAGUAGUAACGUACUCAGAUUUCUAUUAGCAGGGUUAGUAAUUACGCCUACGUAUCCAAAUGGCUGAUGUAUUAAGAUUGAACUCGUAGAUCUGACCGAAGCUCCCGGGCACUCCGUACUUAUGGGCGGCACGUUUAUGAGUUCAAUAAAUUCGAUUAUUAAACGAGGGAACAGGUGGACGCAGCGCAUACUAAUCGUCAAUCAUUAAGUUAGAGAGGAUGCGUGAGCUAUGUUAGCGUGUGGCUUGCGACAUAGGCGCGACGUGUCAUAUGAGCGGUAAAUAUUAGUUGCCUUCGCACCCCACACGGAAGCAAGCUCGCCGCGGAUUAUAUUUUUUGUAAGUAGUUGCCUAAAGGCAGUGGCGAAGUGUGCGCUGCCGAGUGCCGCCGCCGGCGCAACGGCCGCGCCUGCGCGCCCGACGACCAGUAUUUGAGAUACUAGUAACGUGCUCAAUUUCCGUAUCUGUAUGUUGUACGUAUACCUAAUGUUAAACGUAAAUGUUUUAAAAUUAACUAACCUACAAUAGAUUUGUUACAUAAUAAAUGUCUUCCGUUUGGCACAUUUUAUAGAUUCGUCGCACGUUUUAUUGCUGCACAGUACUAUUGUGAUUGACAGUGAUUUUGAUUAUACUCGAGCCGAGUGCACAGCGAGCUCCCUAAUAAGAUUUGUGAUAAAAUAAUUAGAUUUUCGUUUCCCGUGUGGCAAUUUAAAAUAGAUUGCAAGCUGAUUUUUCUCUUUUAUUGUAAAUAUUUUUUUCAAUUGUGAAAUAUUGAAUGAAGUGAAUAAUUUUAAGUCUUUGGCAUUGUAUACUCAUUUACGUUAUUAAUAAAUUAUAGUAUGA